AUGCAACAACACACAAAGAAAACUCUCCGAGAUAAACAAUCGGUUUUGAAAGCUAAAUACAACUUGUUUGAACGGAAUGUCACUAAGUUUAACAACGAUUUCCCGGACAAUCCUAUCCUGUGCCCACCAUUUGAGGAGAUGAAACGACUAUCCCUACAGGAUGGUUUUUGGGACAUUGGUCAGCUAACUCAUCCAGAUCAACCAUGGGCCGUUGAUAAAGAUACACAGGAGGGAAUUCGUGCUUACCUGGAUAAGACCCAUGCAAGUGAUGAACUACAUCGAAUCAGUCGAGAGUGUAGGCAUGCAAUCAAUUGGGCAUUCAAAAUGCAAGAGAAGUUCGAGACAAAUAAAUGGAUUGUGGAUGUUGUUUGUUCUAAACUGAGAAUCCCGACUGCGCGAUUGAAGAAGAGUAAGAAAGUUCUUCAGGCUCUGUAUUCACGGAUCAAACAAGACCAUGCACGGUUAAUGAUUUGCUGGAACUGUGAAAUGCGGGAUCUUUUGUCAUGUACAAAAACAUAUUGUCAGCUUACUGAUCAAGAAGAGAAUGAAUUGGGUAUGCGAUGGUCCGAGCUAGCAGUGAUGAGCAAAGUGGCCUGGGCAGCAGGUGCAGAAGCAGAUAUCGUUGAGGCGGUUCCACUCGACGAGGACGAAGAGGCCGAAAUGUUUCUAAAUCUUGAGGAUGAUGAUGAUAGAGACGAGACCAAUGACGAGGAUGAGGGGAAUGAAAUCAUAGACGAGGUUAAUGAGAUCGUUGGCUUGGCAGAUAAUGAGGAUGUGAGAAGAGACGGCGCUGAAGAAGGGGAUGAGCAAGAUGAACUCGGACCUUAG